AUAUCUCAUUGUUUCUUCUUUUCUCUCUCUUCCUAAUUCAUAUAUAUUGCAUAUCAGUCAUUCCUCUCCACAUCACAAUUGCAUUAUUCUUCUCCAAUUCUCCUCAUAUCAAAAGCUCAUCAAAUUCUCCAAUUUCAAUUAGUAGAAAUUAACAAUGAACGGAUUAGAAGGAGAAACACAAUUCCAUGUGCUAGCCGUUGAUGAUAGCAUCAUUGAUCGAAAAUUGAUAGAGAGGCUUCUCAAAACUUCUUCUUAUCAAGUUACUGCGGUGGAAUCCGGAGUGAAGGCUCUUGAAUUCCUCGGAUUGCUUGACGACGAAGAAGAUGACGAAUUUUCAAAUUCAAACUGCCAAAGAGUUGAAGUGAAUCUGAUCAUCACAGAUUACAGCAUGCCUGCAGUAACCGGCUACGAUCUCCUUAGAAAAAUCAAGAAAUCGACGUCGUUGAGAGACAUCCCGGUUGUGAUUAUGUCGUCGGAAAAUGUGCCGUCAAGAAUCAACAGCUGCUUAGAACAUGGAGCAGAGGAAUUCUUCUUGAAACCGGUUCGACAAUCGGAUGUGAACAAGCUGAGGCCACAUUUGAUGAAAGGGAAAAAAGAAAUCCAAAAUAUUAACAAGAGGAAGCCAGUUGAAGAAUGCCUCUCCCCUGAUCGGACAAGAACAAGACUGAAUCAUGACUUGGAAUGAUUUUUUUCUGAAUUUUUAGUAUCAAAAUUUUGAGUAUGAGUUAAUUGAUUUUGUCCUAGCUAGAAACUAAUACAAAUACUUUUACUCAUGUAAAUAUAUCUCGAAAAGAUAAAUUAAAUUUAUCUUUACUUUU